CCCACAGCCAGAGCCUCAUCCUGCGUCUGUUUCAACGUCCUCAGAAUAUUUCUCCACUCGCUGCGCCCCUCUCUCGUUCCGCUGCGUGUACGCUCUUUAUCUACUAGUCUUCUUGCUUGUGUGCAGCUCUCUCCUCGCUGUAGCUCCUCCUCGAGUCUCCGUCGCUACGUAUUUCAUUUGUUUUAACCCAUAUUUUGCCAACCAACUCCACCCUUCCCUCAGACCAACAUUCCUUGCCAGAUCCGGGAUUUUUAACCAAUCCCCCACCUAGCGCCACCCACAUCUCAAACCCGGAGAUCACCUCUAUAGAUAAGAGAGACUGAUUUUAAUACCGAUUGGGGUCUUGGAUAUCCCCUAUCGGGUCGCCGAAUUCAUUGCUCGGACUCGGUGAUACUGUAUUAGUCUCGGGAUUUUUAUAUUGGAGUCAAGAACCCCCCCCCCCCCCGGCUCUACCAGGCCCUGUCUCUACCGACUGGCAGAUUCUCCGUGCCUCGUCGAUUAUGAGACGCUUGCGGAGACUGGCUUCGAGGCCAUUCCUGCUUUUCGUGCUGUUUUUAUGUCUGCUGGUUCUAGUUGGCAAAGUGGAAGCGCAAGCCCCAAACCCAAGACCGCCUCCUAGAACAACAGAUGCCCCCAGUCCGGAACCCACAAACACCGGAACCAGCGAAACCACGUCGCAAGAGACUGAACAACCAACUGGAACAACCGAGAGCGUCCUUCCUCCCAUUACAACAACAACAACAACCACAACUGAUCCUCCUACCACAACCACCGUCAGUUCAGCCAACUUGCCCUCAAUAACCAGCGAUAGUUCUUCCUUGAGCCUCCCCCCGCUCUUCAGAACACCCACCCCGCAAGUGCCCCCACAUGCCGGGGCUCCGUAUCUCCAAACCUCAAGCAUCCCAGAUGGCUCUAUCUUCAUAGGUGUUGGUGGCGCCCUAGGCUUGUUCGGCCUGAUAAUAUUCCUUUGGCGAGUGCUGGUAGCCUGGUCUAUCAACCGGUCCGUCCGCCGCGCAGCAACCCGCCCCGAUCUGUCAGAUACAACCCCCGCGCUCCUCAACAAGCGAAGAUCCGGCGUCUACCCUCAAUUUGCGCCUGGCGCAUCCAUGUCGAUGGAAAAGAUGGGCAACAGCGGUGCACGCCUUUCUGGAUUACCACCGCGAACCCACACGCCAAACUCGAGCCUCUUCUUUUCCCCAACUGCUGGUGCUGGCCUGCACACGAGCGGGAACAGGGGCUCCAGCUACCUCCCCGCGGGAUACUAUGCUACAGGCUCCACCACCGCCCCGGGCCAAUCUAUAGGUCUCUCGCCACUCGGCCCGCAGACGCAGGGGUACCCCCGCACGAGAUCUACAGGCGGUAUCACCCCGCCUGCCUCUCCCAGUCUUGCGCCGACAAGUCGAGGAGGAGGCCAUGAGCAGGGCUUUCCUUCGACUAGUAGUGUGAAUCUAUCGGUUGCGCCACAGGGGCGCGCACCAAGCGCGUACCUAGAAGAUUUGUUUGAGAAUCACCCGCCUAGUCAAUGAUAGUUGGUUUAAAGCUUUUUUUUUUUUUUCUUUUUCUGCUGCCCAAUUCUUUCUUUCUUUCUUUUUUUUUUUUGGUCCUGACGUUUCAGAUGAUAUAAAGUUAAUAUAUUUUCUUCUACCUUCUUUCUUUUCUUGGUUGACAUUGGCUCCCAUGCAAUGUCCUUAUUCGAUUUUGGCUAUACAAGUAAAUAAUUUAAGACUUUUCUUUUUUGGGAUCCCCUUUUCCUUCCUUUUCUCACUUUUCUUUCUGGUAUAAAAAAAAAUGCUCCUCCACUCCUACCUUCUUGCUGGUAAUUUUCAGGGGUUUUCCUUGCCCUACCAAAAUCCCGGUUAUACUGUUUGAUUCUCACUUCGUAUUCACCAAAGAAGGCAUAUCUGCUGCUCGUUCCCCUCCUCGAAUAUUUGCCUAGGAACUUUUGUGCUUAGAGUUGGAGUUUCUGCUUAUUUCCCCACUUCCCUUUACGUCGCCUUCUUGUGCCUCUUUUUUUUUUUUUUUUUUUUUUUUUUUUUUUUUUCAUUCAACCCGGU